GUUUUCACUGAAAGUACAACUUUUUUUAUUAGUAUUAACGUAUCGAACGUUAUAUAUCGUUGUUGUAGUUUUAUUCGUAAGUUUCGUUUUCGAAGCGUUUCGCGUUUCGCGUUGAAGACUCACUGUUGUUUUGUACGAAUAUUGGAUAGUAUUUUUAAGCGUUUCGAUGAGGAACAAUUGUCGCAAUAUGUUUUUCGCCGGCUACGGAUAUUCCAAUCAUCAACAAAACAGUCCUUCGUCGCCGACCAGGACGAGCGUCUGGGGCACCGUUUACAGUCCAUUUCGUAGCACGACUAUGACCAUGCCGGAUAUCUCGAUGAGCCAGACCCUUCCGUUAACGAAUGGUACAAACGCAAACUUGCCUGGUAAACAGUUCCCACCGGGGGUGAUCGGGACCAGAGACGGGGUGGGUAUCGGCAGAACCAUGAAGGUCUACGAAGACCAGCUAGAGGCCCUCAAGAAGGAGAACUUCAACCUCAAAUUGCGUAUCUACUUCCUCGAGGAACGGAUGGGCAUCACAUCUGCGGACGAGAAUGCGAUAAAGAAGAACAUCGAAUUGAAGGUGGAAAACGAGUCGCUGAGGCAGGAGUUGGUGGAGAAGCAGGAACUUCUCAGCCAAGCGGCCAAGGCUUUCGAGUUGAUCGAAGAACAGAAAAAGGCAUCCUCGAGGAAUCAAGCGCAGUAUCAACAGUCCCUCGAAAAUGAACGGGAGAAGAUCAGGAAGCUCGAGCAAGAAUUAGCCGAAUACCAGGAAAAGGUAACAGAUGCGUCCAUCUACUAUAAGGAAGCCUUCGGCAUCACACCAGAAACGACACUGGAGAACGAGGAAAAAUUGCACCAAAUGGAAGAACUUGUUGCAUCUCUCGAGGCCGAGGUGAAGCAGGUGACGGCCAGCUUGGAAGAGGAGAGGAUCUGGGCGCAGGAGCUCGAGAGCGAGCGGGACGAGUUCAGGGAACGGUUGGAGGCUGAGACGCGUUUCAGAGAAAGCCUGGCGGCGGAGAGGGUGCAAGACAUGGAGGAGUUACGAGAAAAGGUCAAAGAACUGGAGGAACAGCUGCUGAAAAAGGACACGGUCGUUCAGCAGUGCAGGAACGAGCUGCAGGAGAAAGAAAGGGUGAUCAAGGAGAAAAAUGUCCAACUGGAGGAGAAGUGUCGGACGUACGACGAGCUGAACGCUGUCGCGGAGAAAAGAAAGAAACAGGUCGAUCAGUUGAGGGCGUCUAUAAAAACCAGGGACGAUGCCCUCACGGACCUCAACAACAAGCAUCGCGCUUUGCUCUCACAGUUCGAGAACGGUUAUGCGAAACGAUCACCGCCUACCAGCCCGACGUCGAUGAAUCUAAUCGAGGACCCCUUCCAGUCGCGAAUGGGACAGAAAGCAACCUGCGGCCAAGGAACGACGAAGAGAGGAAGCGCGUGUCUCGAUAGCGAACCGAACAGAGAAAGGUCGCCGAGAUUAAAGGACCCGUUGCAAGCACUCGGGGAAGUCAAAGACGCGAGAGGUCUGAUCAAGGAAAUCGAAGACAAAGACAACGAGUUGAAGCGCCAAGAAGAAGCAAGGAAGCAGCUAGUGCUGAAGCUGUGCAAUAUGCAAAAGCACGUAGAGGUCACGGAUCAGAAGCUGAUAAAACUGAAGAACGACCACGAGAAGGCGAUCAAAACUAUCCAAGGGUUCAUGCAAAAGCAGCGGAAAUUGGAGAGCACGCAACUGAGAAAGGAGCAGAAGAUCAUGGAGCUGGAGAUCGAACUGAACAGGUUAAGGGAGAACGAGGAUGCGAAGAUCGGAAGGGACAGGCACAACCAGUACGUUCUAAGGGACUUCAGCACCGACAUGACGGACGACCCCGAGCGUGAUCCCAGCAAUCAGCGACGAUUCGACGAAAUGGAAGCCAAAAUUAACGACCUACGAGACCAAGUAGAGACCAUCAAGGCUGAGAAGAGUCGCUUGGAGAAGCAGAUAGAAGUUAAAUCGGAGGAACUGCAAGGCCGCCUGCAGGACAAGGAACAGAAGAUCGAAGUCUUAGAGAUCGAGAAGCAAACGAUGAUGGAGCAGCUACAGGACAAAGCCACCGAACUCGAGAAACUGAAAGAGUCGACGAGAAACGAUCCCGAGGCUCCGGCUGAACGAGAAGAUCUUCUCCGCGAGCUCGAGCUGCGAAACGGUGAAAUCGAGGAGAAGAAUCGAAAGAUUGAGCAACUAACGAAGGAGCUCCAGGUGAAGACCCAGAAUCUGCAGCAGCUGGUGAACACGGAACUCUGGAGCAAGAACAAGGAGAUAGCCAAGCUCCACAACCACAUGACCGCCAGCCACGGUCACGAAAGAAGUCGGAACAAGUCCGAUGUCGUCCAGGACAGCGCCGGUCAGCUGACCACCUUGAUCAAAGAGUUGAACGACAUAGGUAUCAAGGUGACCUUCACCAACGAGGUGAUCCAACUGAACUAUAUCGAUGGAAACAAGCCCAUAGAUGUGAAAACGAUGACGGACUAUGUACAGAGGUUGGUGAGCCAGAAGAACGAGCUGGAGAAGGAGGUCGACUACCUGAAGUGGUUGAAACUGGUGUCGAUGCCAGACAUCGCCACCGAGAUGGACGGAUACGGCGACAAUCAAACGGAGAGAGCGAACAAGUACUGCGAAUUGCUGCGAACCCAUCUCAAGGACCUGAUGAAGUUCAUGAAGGAGAUGCUGAAGAACGUAGACCGCGCCGACACGAUCGGCAACGAGCACAAGAGGAUCGUGCUCGAUGUUCUCAUGAGCUCAAAGAUACUUUCUGACGACUUCGUGAACGCCCUCGAAGGGAUUUCUAUCAACGACGCACCUCCCAACUUGGAUGGAGGGAGCGUCAAGUCAUUCGAGAACUCUACCAAGAAGAGUCGAUCGGAGAGUCUGGUUAGCACCAUGAAACAUCAAGCAUCCACCCAGUCGGACUCAGAGGCGUUCUCAGAGCCAGAUAGGACAGUCUCCAUGGCCAGAAUUGGCUUGCAAGAGACCCAACAGAGGUCCUUGAACAGAUCCAGGUUCUCAAAGUACACGAAGACGUUCAGCGACUCCGAGGACUCUCUGGAAUACGUGCCUUAUCAUAAAACUUAUCAGAACGAUCUGAACGAAACCGAGGCUAGCUACCACAUAAAGGAACUGAAAGAAACUAACGCUCUGCUGUACACGGAGCUUAGUGCCCUUAGGAAUGAACUGAGCAGCAAGGUUUCCUUCGAUUGUACAUUCGAUGAAAGAAUACUGCCCUUGAUCACUAAACUGGAGAAAUCGCAAAAGUUCUGUGAAAAAUUGCAAUCGUCUCUCGAGAGAAGAGUACACGAAGUUCACGCAUUGAAGAAGGAGAGCAAGCAGAACAACGCUCGCAGAACGCAAUUAGAAAAGAAGCUGGUCGACCUGGAGGGAAUGGCGGUCGAAAUGAACAAACAGAAAGCAGAGUUGAUGCAGUACAAAGAAAACGCUGAUAAGAAGACUGCGGAGAUGCUCGUAACGCUCAACAGAGAAAACGACACGUUGAGGACGCGAAUCAAGAAACUGGAAGUCGAAAACGAAAGUGCCAAAGCAAGUAUAUUAACAUUAACGAAGGAGCUCGACCACCUAACUCUCACGCACAGUCAAAUUCUGGUGGAGAACACGAAGCUAACAAACGACAAACUACGUUUGGAGCAAGAGGUCAGGAAAGCUGAGAACAGAUGCGACUUGACCGUUCGUAGUAUGCAUGAUAAAUUUAACAAGGAGAUCUCGGACCUGAAUCAAAUCAACGAGUCGCACAGGUCAAGGUUGCAGGAACUGGAGGUCGCGAACAAGGAACUCCGAAGGCACAUGGCAAUGUGCGAUGCGAGCGAUUCAGCGCCAAGUUCUAGCGGGGUAUCUUCGCUACCAGCGGACGCGAUACUCAAACAAACUUGCGAGGACAUCAUGCAAGAGUAUCAGUCGUACAAUAAUUCGCAAUAUUGGCUACCAGUAAACUACCCAACGCUGGGUGGACGCAGUAAAUCCAGUUGUUCGCCGGAUUUAGGGAUCGAAAGCGACGCCGCAGUGUCAACCAUGAGACCUUUGAAGGACACAUUGAAAAUUACAGAGUCGAUGACUAAUCUGUUGAGCGACGAAGAUAACGGCAAUAGCAACAGGCCAAUUCGAGACAUGGACAACGAUAGUCCGUUGCCGAUAGAAGGUCUAGAUGAGGUGGAAGCAUUGAAGCAAGAAAACGAAACGCUGAAAAGACGGCUGAUGAAAACGAGAAGGGCAUUGGAGGAUACUUUCCAGCAUCUCUCCACGUCGAAUAAAAAUAAGAAGAACGUCGAGAAGGCUAUAUCGAAGCAGCUGCAAAUUACAAAGAGUAUUCUCAAGAAAACAAGGACAUACGAAGAGCCAUUAGACAAUUGACAGAGAUGGGGGGAUUAAUGCGACCGAAAGAAAAGAAUCGUACGCAGAGAAAAGGAAAGAGACUGUGAAGUUUUGCGUAUUUUAAAAAUUAACGUCCAAUGUUUACGUUUUAUAGUGUGCGACUAUAAUUCUCGAGCAUUCGUUAUCGAACGAAUCGUAAUUGUACCGAUCAACGAUCGAUCCGCGCUUGUUAUAUCUUGUAAAAACUACGAGAAAGUAUUUUGAUACAUUUGCGAGUCGUUAAAAAGGUAUUAACGCGAGUUCUAAAACGUCGAGAGCGCGCUUCGUGAACUGGAACCGAAUUGUACAUUAUGAAUUUUGUAUAUAAUCGUGUAAGCGUGUACUCGAGCUCUUUUGUAGAUUGUUUCUUCUCUCCGCAAAGUUUACGUGAACCAUAUCAUCGAAAAACUGUCCGUUUGUCGAAUGUUUUUUUUUUUGUCACGACAGAAAUUCGCCCGCGUGUACAUACAAACACCAAUGUAUCAUUACACAGCAUUUGUACAUAGUCCUCGCAAAUAAAGUGCCAUUGAUAUUUGAAGAAAAGAA